GAGACGACUGCAGGAGAAACUGGACGAGAUGACAAAACUCGCUGCUAAAGAGGAAGUCUGUGAUGCAGAAUGUUUCAGUGAUGUGAUUAGAUUUGAUGUUCAGAAAGAUGUGAAGUAUAUUCCUCAGCUCUGGGAGGGCAGCCCACCGAUGGCUCCACCAAACACAAACUAUUGUGAGAACAUUCAAGAACUGAAGGAAACUAUAAUGUCUCGUGCCUCAGCAUCACAUGGAAUGGUGCUGAAUGACUUCAAAGAUCAUAUUAAAGAUCUCUGGGAGGCUUUACUGAAUGAACGAUUCGUCUUCAGAUUCAGAAAUGCUCUGGAGAUCUCAGCUUACAGGAAACUAGAGACUGAAUACAGCAAAUGGUCCUGCAGUCUUCGCAGUGCCAUGAUGGAAACUGAGAACAAACUGCACAACAAAAUAGAAAAUGAAGUGAUUCAUGAGAUUGAUGAAACUGAUCUUCACAGAGAACUGAAGAAGACCAGUGAAGAAGUGGAAAAAUCAAUGUCUGAAUUCUUUGAGAAAGACAGAGAUGCAGAUAAACUGAUUCAGUGGAAAACAUCAUUUGAAAUCAAAAUCAAAUAUGUUCUUGAAAACAUUGUGAGAGAAACAAAGAGGAGAUUAAAUGAGAUUCUUCAGCAGCGAGACAUGAAGAAAAAGAUUAAUGCUCAGAGGACACGUCAUGAAAACACUCUCUGUGAAAAGAGCAAAGAACUCACCUUUAAACUCAGAGACAAAGCAAAUGAUGAAGAAACACUGAAGAAAGAGUUUGAUUUGUUUUGGAAACAGUGGAUAAAGAUGAUCAUCAGAGACACUCCUCCAAUCAGAGACAUUGACAUAAUGAGAGAUGUGAAAAUCCUCCUCAGUGACGUCUAUGAAAGUCUUCCUGUAGAUCACUGGAGGGAGAGCAGGGAUAUGUUCACUGUGUCUAGUUAUUGUGAUUAUGUGCAGUUUAAGAGAUCCAGUGGAUUUAGAGGAGCUUUUACAAAGGUCUACAGAUCAGCUAAAGAGGUGUCUCAUGACAUUCUAUCUAGAGAGGAUGAAGCCCAAAUAAGAUCAUUAGUCACAGAUGUUGUUCAGCAGACAGACAGAAUGAUUCAGUCAUUUAACAUUUCAAAGAUGGGCUACAACAUCAGCUGCAUUCAACAACUCACAGAUUACAUCAGAGCAAGAGUAACAGAACAUGAGGAAGGACAAGUGAAAUAUGUGUUUGAGAAUGAAUUCUUCAUGCAUUUGGUUCUGUCCAUCUGUGAGAGAGCAAACAAGAUGAUCACUGACCAACACAGACUGUUCAGAGAAGCCAAUGACCCUGUCCUCUAUUUGGAGAAGAAGAGAGAAGAGUAUUAUAGUAUUUUCCAGAAAUACUGUCAUGGAGCCGCAUCAGCUGCUAUUUUUGGAGAAAUCAUCUGUCAGAAACUGAAAGAGUCCAUUGAGCAGAGCGUCUACAAGAGGACUGCCAGAGAUAUAGCAGAUGAAAUGAGAUCAAACUGUGAAUCACUGAAUGGAAACAGAUCCAAUAUGGAGAAACACAUCUUGAAGAGACUGGCAGAAGAGGAGGAUUUCAACAAAUACAUGAACUACAUCAAUAAUCCCAGAGAGCACUUCAAGAGUUUCAUCAGAGAUGAAGUCAGUCGGUACAUCACUGAUCAGUUCAGUGUCAGUGUUGUACACAAGAUGAAGAGGAACAUUGAACUCCUGCAGCAGAAGAUCAUGAGAGCAGCUCGUGAAUCUACUGAACAUGUUCAAGAGAACAGAGGAGAUACUGGUUUGUGGUUGAAGAGUUUCAUACAGCAGCUCUCAGAUGAGCUGAUCUUCUCUGAAAAACACCUCAGUGGACUCAAACAUGAUGAUGUUGAGGAUUUCCAACUUGAAGAUGUGAUAAGACAAAAACUUCCUGCUAUAGUGUCUGACAUCAGCUGUAGAUUCAACAGAAAGUCAUUUCCAGUAAAUUUGGAUUAUAAAUUCAGACCAGAUGAGCUUCUGAUCAAUCUCUUCUGUCAGUGCUGUUGGGUUCAGUGUCCGUUCUGUAAAGCUAUCUGCACAAACACCACAGAAAACCAUGAUGGAGAUCACAGUGUUGCUUUCCACAGAGUUACUGGAAUUAAUGGACAUUUGUACAGAGGAACAACAAACUUGUGUAUUAGCAUCUGUACAACAGCAGUAGCAAGUGAUCAAUGUUUUUAUCCCGAAGGAUCAGAUAAGUCAGUCCUCUAUAGAGAGUACAGAAGAGCAGGAGGAGCUUAUGCAUACUGGAGCAUCACCCCUGAUCUCUCUGAACUGCCCUACUGGAAGUGGUUUGUGUGCAGAUUCCAGAGAGAUCUGGAGAAAUACUACAAUAACACAUUUCAGGGGAGUGGUGAAAUACCACAUGCAUGGAGAAGAUACUCAAAACAGGAUGCUAUUGAGAGUUUGAAUAUAAGACUUUAUUGAAGAAAUGAAAUCAGCUUGAUUCACAGUUAAAAUCAUUGUUCUGUUCCUCACUUCAGUUUGAAAUCCUCUCAACUCCACAUAAUAUAUCAGAGAGAGGUUCUGUUGAAGUGUUUGUUUUAAAUGUCCUUCAUACCAGUGUCUGUAACUUUAUGACAACAUAUGUAUGAACAAAAUGUCUAUUGUCUGACAAUAUACAGUAGAUGUCGUUUUCUUUACAUUGUAACAGUUUCACAGAAACUUACUGCAUAACCUCGUGGCAACCAUCAUGUUUGCAAGAACUAGGUUUCUGGACAUCUGCAUGUAUCUGAUGGCAUUAGAAAUGAUAUUUGCUAUGUUUUGUGUGCACUGUUGAAGAAAAUUUGCAAUUGUCCUGUCGCAAGUAUGCCUUUUCCUUUAAUGCAAUACUUUUGUAUUAUAACCGAACACGUUAUUGUAUUUGUUUUGUUAAGAAAGUGGUUUAUUAAGACACACCACACAUGUUAUUGUUCUAAGCCUUUAUUGAUCAAAUGUUUGUAACAUAUAUUAGCAAGAGUACAGCUAGAGAUGAAACAUGUAUUAGCAAGAGCUUUGAAGAAAAGGGAUGUUACCAUUGACUUCUGAAGGCGUCAAAGAAGAAGAAAAUUAUAAAAUGGAGGGUUUUUUAUGAGAAACUUCGAUAGGGAGAUACUUCCAGACCUUUCACAAGACAUUGGAAUGCUUCUCAGCAGCCAAGCUUGCAAAUCACAUGCUUGUGUUUUUAUUUCUGUUUUCAUAUUAGUAUUUUGUAUGUAAAGUGU